GGUCUAGCCUGCAGUAUGGGGUGCUUCUGCAAGUCGGGAUACGUCAGGGAUCAGAAGACGAACAAAUGUGUCACGUUGGACAAAUGUCCAGUUUCCCCUGUUGAACCAUGUCUUAACCAGAACGAGGUCUACGACCUAUGCCUAGCCGGCUGCGAGCCCUCCUGCGACAACCCUACCCCAAUCUGUAGUAAGAAGUGCACCGGGGGCUGCGUCUGCGCACCCGGUCUGCUCCGCGACGGGUUUGGGGACUGCGUCAGUGUGGACAAGUGUGGAAAUGGCACAAGCCCUGAUGGCGCGCUCAAGCAGUACAUGGACAUUAUUAGUAAAAUUAUGACUUUGUCCAAACCGUAGAUAAGUUUCUUUAAGAAUUUCAUAUAAUUAUAG